AUGACAUAUCUUAACGAUAACCAGCCCAAUUACACCGUUACAUCCAGUUACCUCGUAAGGCGGCUCUUUUUGUGGUACGAGCUCGAUGAUAUGGAUCGAGGUCUAGACAGUCAUAUCAAGCUCAUAUCGUUUAACGUGGCCUUCUAG